AUGAAUUUCAAAGACCCUUCGAAGCAAUUUCAGCACUAUCAAAAGAGUUUUCACAGACCAACUACUGGAAAGCACACGAGAAACAUCUUUGAGAGAACAACUAAAAUACAUAAUUCGGAAAAUUACAUGAUCCAGCCAAACCAUAUGCUAAGUAAGUCGAGUUUUAAUAAGAGGAAAGAGCAAUUCAACAAGACCAAAAGUAAUCCUGCUAAAGUUAUUAAGCAUAAGAGUAUUAUCAGAGGGUCUAUCCACAAGCCUCGUAAAUAUCAGAUCUGCAGGGAUUCACAAGAAUUUAUUCCAUUUACAAGGACUAAAAUACAAAUUAAUAAGAUUAGGAAAACAAACAGGAAGUCUGGAGUGAAGUCCAAGUUUAAUUUUAAUAAAAUCAAGAAGAUGCCUCAUCCUAGGAAAAGGUUGAACCUUCAUAAAUUUGGCCAUAAAGAGACCAUCUCACCUAAAAGAGACCAGACAGAUGAAAGAAAUAAGUUAUCAGAUACUAAUGUUUUCCAUUUCAAAGAUUUUAGUGGAACUAUCAGUAAACACUCCUCGAUAGGUCGGCUGAAGGAAAUAAAUGAAAGUGAUCUAAUGAAUGUGUCAGCCCCAGUGAAGAUAUCAAAGUAUAUUUCAAGCUCGCAGGCUAAAUUUAAUAAGAAGAGUAGCUAUCAGAGUAACCUAUUCCCAUCAGCAAGCCCUCACAAUAAUUGGAACAACAGAAAUUCUAUAACUAUCACUCAGAAGAUGGAUAUAAGUAAUCUUGGCAAACCAGAGACCCCAAAGAAGCUGGAAGCAACUGCACAAUCUAUUUCCAAAGCCGUAAAAAUCGGUCGAAAAGUGCAAAACAAAUGCUACCUGAAAAAAUUUAGAGGGGAAUAUCAACUCUCUGGAGUUAAAAAUACCAUAAAUAGUUUCCUUACCUCAUCUAAUUCAAGAGGAUAUACUGAGCAAGAUUGAGAGAGCCAUCCUCUCACCAUCCAAAAAUUUAACAGGGUUAAUGACUCAAUUUCAAGUGCUCAGAAUAUCCAGAAGAAAUCAAAUUAUGGGAAAAUAAAUUCCACUAGGAAGAGAACCUUGUCAGAAAACAGAAUUCAGUCAGCAAUCAGGAAACCUACACCAACAAUGGAUGUAUUAGAGCAUUAUCAAUGAAGGCAACAGGAUUUUAAAAAGAGCAAGGAAAAUUUUAAUAUGAGUGGUCCUCUCGCAAUAAAUUUCUUUCCUAAAAACACAACUGAUAUCGAUAAUCUUGGAAAAACUGCUACAACUGCGAUCAGCCCAAUGAAUCUGAGCAUGUCAAACUCCACUAAGGACAAAUGACAGCAAAAAACUCAGGCUAAAAAGACUAAUGCUACUCGUAAUACUAAACUCUUAGAACACAAGAAGGCUAAAAUGAACUAUGAGAACUUCAAAAAGAGAUACACAGAAAACAAGUCAUGUACGAGCUCCAAAGACAGUAAGAGGCAGAACCAAGAGAGUAUGAGAACCAGAGCAAAGAGAUUCAUAGAAAAUGACUUCAAUUUUGACUACAAGCCUGAAGGAAAACCCACAAAAAGAAGAGUAGCAACGUAUUCUAACCAAAAUUUAAUGAAGAAUAGUUGUGAAAAGACUAUUCCGAAUCACUUCACAGACCUUAGUUUUUGCACUGAUGGAGCUAAUCCAUCUCAUUUUGAUAGAUAUAUUGUCGGCAAGAAGAUUGGACAAGGUGCCUAUGCUGUAGUCAGAGCUGGGAUUGAUAGCCAUACAAAUCAGAAAGUAGCGAUUAAAGUAUAUGAUAAGAUCAAUCUCAAGAACCCACAAAAACGCAAAGGAGUUAGAAGAGAAAUCAAGCUACUUGAAAGAAUGCAACACAAGAAUAUUAUCCAGCUAUAUGAAGCAUUCGAUUAUGAGGAUAAGGUGUACCUAAUCAUGGAGAAUGUUCAAGGAGGGUCUCUACAUUCCUUAUUGAAGUCUAUGCCUAAUAAACAGUUGAAAGAGUCAGAUGCUAAGAAACUGUUCUUCAGAAUUGCUUCAGCCAUUGAAUAUUGACAUUCUAAAAGUAUCACACAUCGAGAUAUCAAACUUGAGAAUAUUUUGCUUGAUGAAAGCAAAACUGAAGUUAAGUUGAUCGACUUUGGAUUCUCAACUUGUAUUCCUAAUGAGAAAAAGAUAAAAAUAUUUUGAGGGACUCCAAGCUAUAUGGCUCCAGAAAUAGUAUCAAAGAGAGAAUUUUGUGGACCUCCAGCUGAUAUAUGGGCACUUGGAGUUCUUUUAUAUGCUUUACUUUGAGGAAAAUUCCCCUUCAAAGGCAAAACUGAUAGUGAGCUCUACUCCAGGAUCUCUCGAGGAGAAAUCAUGAUUCCUGAUCAUGUUUCUGAUAUUGCAAAAUCACUUUUACAGAAAAUGAUCAAAAUAAAGCCUGAAGAGAGGAUCAAUGCAUCAAUGAUUUUACGUGAUCCUUGGUUCACUUAUAAUGAGUCAUCUUCCAAAGAUGUUUACCGACUGAAUAAUACAAUUUCCAAUCUAUCUACUCUAAACACGAAGGGAGAGACUCGGAGGACGACUAUCAUAGACACCUCACCUUAUAGGGACAUUGACUCGUCCAAAACUAACGACAUGCCUUAUGAAGCUUACUUCCCUUGCGAUAGUAAGAAGAUGUCCAAAGACAUAAAGUGCUAGCAUAUUUCUCUUAUACAUCAAUUUUUCCAACA